UCUUCCUCACUCUCAUCACAUCUUCCAUUACCGACCUCGUCUUCUCCUCCAUAUCUCCUCUGCCGUCACGCGCCAUGGCAUUAAGGUUUUUGUUGCUGGUUUGCUCCAUGGUGGCCAUUGCCUCGGCUGGCUUCCACCAGAACUUUGACAUCACCUGGGGCGAGGGCCAUGCCAAGUUCCUCGACAAUGGCCAGCUCCUCACGCUCUCCCUCGACAAGGCCUCGGGCGCCGGCUUCCAGUCCAAGGAUGAGUACCUCUUCGGCAAGAUCGACAUGCAGAUCAAGCUCGUCCCCGGGAACUCCGCCGGCACUGUCACCGCCUACUACCUAUCUUCCGAAGGACCGGCUCAUGAUGAGAUCGACUUCGAGUUUCUGGGGAACCUCAGCGGAGACCCUUACACUCUGCACACCAAUGUGUUCGCACAGGGGAAGGGGAACAGGGAGAUGCAGUUCAAGCUCUGGUUUGAUCCCACCAAGCAGUUCCACACCUACUCCAUCCUCUGGAACCCAGGGCACAUCAUCUUCAUGGUCGAUGGAACUCCUAUCAGAGACUUCAAGAACCUGGAAUCGAGGGGCGUUGCCUUCCCCAAGAACCAACCCAUGAGGAUCUACUCCAGCCUCUGGAACGCCGAUGAUUGGGCCACCAGAGGCGGGCUCGUCAAGACCGACUGGACGAAGGCACCCUUCGUUGCCUCUUACAGAAACUUCAACGCCGACGCAUGUGUUCCGGCUUCCGGUAGGUCACGCUGCGACUCCGCCAAUAGUGGCUGGUGGAACCAAGAGCUGGAUUCCGCGAGCCAUGCGAGGAUGAGAUGGGUGCAGAAGAACUACAUGAUCUACAACUACUGCAACGACGUCAAGCGGUUUCCUCAGGGCCUGCCUCCGGAGUGCUCCAUAGCUUGAAGAGGAUACCAGAAACACGACCAGAUCCAUUCUUUCGUUCAUUUUGUCUGCAUCCAUCAGUUGUUUGUUAAUAGUCAAGAUACUCGAUGUAAAUUGAUACCACUAUGAGAUUUAAGGUAAAUUAUAACACAAACGUUUUACUUUGUA